CGUGCUACGGAGAAUGAUGGCAACCGAAGGGGAGCCCGGAGACCUCAUCAAAACGGCCCAUUUUUUCCUCCUGUCCACAGCCUGGGGGAUGCAGUUGUGGGUGACCUUCAUCGCAGGGUUUGUUCUCUUCCGGGGGGUGAGCAGGCACACCUUUGGCCUGGUGCAGAGCAAGCUCUUCCCCUUCUACUUCUACACCUUGCUCGGCUGCAGUUUUCUGAAUCUGGCCAUCUUUGCUGCCUACCAUCCACGGGAGCUGCUCAGCACCGGGGAAACCAUCCAGAUCGCGCUGUUCUUCAUCGGCGUCGUCCUGGCCGCGACCAAUGCCUCCUGGUUCUCCCGGACCACCACCAAGACCAUGUUCAAGAUGCAGGAGGUCGAGAGGGAGCACGGGCUCGGGGACGAGGUGGGGCUCUCGGCCCGCCGGGAGGACUACCAGCGCCUGAAGGAGAAGGACGCCAAGUACCGGGCCCUGCGCCAGAAGUUCUUCACCUUCCACGGCCUCUCCUCCCUCUGCAAUCUGGCCUGUGUCGUCUGCACGGGCGUGAAUCUGGCCUUCUUGGCCCUGCACUUGGACGGCCUGUGAACCAGAAGGGAAACGGCCCCGCUGCUGCUGCUGCUGAGACCUCUCCUCUCCUCUUCCUCUCCUCUCGAGGCAGGAUUUCUCCUGGGGCACAACGGCCCUCUGAACCAGCCCCAGCAGCCCUUCCCGGGAGCCUGGUUUGGCCGUGGCUGGGCGGGGUGUGUGUGUGGGUGUGUGUGUGUGGCUCCCUUCUGCCUGGGUGGCUGUCCUGAUGUGGCCAGAUUUUCCCCAUGUGCGAGGUCGGAGAGCUGCCUACAUGCUCUUUGGUCGUGUCCAAAUAGGCAGACUCGGAUAUGUGUCUGCGUGUAAAUGUCACUUUGGCUUUGACCUCUCAAAUGCAGCUGUUUUCCAAUCGGGAAGAGUUCUGAUGUUGCCUCCAAUCGUGGGUGACUAAAACGUCACCCCCGUUUCCCCCCGGCCGUUGUGACCUUCCGUGGGCUGUGAAUGGUCUGCGCUGCUCCUGGUGACUGACUGCCCAGGCUCAGCCUUUGGUGGACUUCCAAAAUGUGCCUGUAGCGAU